UUGUGGCGGGCCAAUUCUGGACAUGCACCAACGUGGCUUAAAACGCAUGCCCACACCCACUCACCCUUCCUUGCGAAAAGUUAAAUGCAGCAGCCGCAAUCGCCAAAGGAUUUCACUAUAAGGGCUGCAUCUCGGGAACAGCUCGCCUCUUCCCGGUGGGAGGGACCAUGCUUGGUGCGGCAGAAAGAGGCUUGAUUCAUUCCGUUUUCAUCUUCUUGCUUUGGCUGAGUCAGGUUCCAGCGGGCGAAUCGGGGUGGGCAGGAACAGAAGAUGCAGACCACUCCCAGGUGUACCGUGAAAUCAUAACACCUCAGUGGAGAGUAGAUGGAAGCCCGGGCAAAGAUAAGCAUCCACCCAAAGCAGAAAUCAAGAUAACAGCAGAAGGAAGAAACUUCAUCUUGGAUGUUGAGAAGAAUGAGCACCUCUUUGCACCUGGCUACACCGAAACUCAUUAUACCAAGGGUGGACUCCCCCACACAGUCACUUUGAACAUGACCGAUCAUUGCUUUUACCAUGGUAACGUGAGGGGAAUAGAGAACUCAGCUGUGGCACUCAGCACAUGCAGCGGUCUACGUGGCCUUAUAGUUCUAAGCAACAACCUCAGUUAUAUCCUGGAGCCUCGUCCUGACAGUCAGGAGCAGCACUUCAUCUACAGGUCUGAACAUCUCAAGUUUCCCAGGGCUACCUGUGGAAACCUACACUUGCGGUCAAAUACUGUGGAUUUGCAUACUGAGUUGACAGACCAAGCUGAGCCUGGUCAUCACUUCAGGAUGAAGAGGGAUGAUCAACAUUCUAUGAAAUAUGUGGAACUUUUACUAGUGGCUGAUUUUGCAGAGUUUCGGAAGCACAACUCUGAUCUUCAAGCAACCAAGCAUAAGUUAGUGGAGGCAGCCAAUUAUGUAGAUAAGUUUUACAAAUCCCUGAACAUACGAGUUGCUCUUGUUGGAAUUGAGGUCUGGAAUGACCACAAUAAGUGUGAGAUCUCUGAGAACCCAUAUUCUACCCUGUGGUCUUUUCUUUCUUGGAGGCGCAAACUGCUAAUGUAUAAAAAGCACGACAACGCUCAGCUGAUAACUGGGAUGUCUUUCCAUGGUACUACUAUUGGUUUGGCCCCUUUGAUGGCCAUGUGUUCUGUCUAUCAGUCUGGAGGAGUGAAUAUGGAUCACUCUGAGAAUGCCAUCGGAGUUGCUGCCACGAUGGCCCAUGAGAUGGGACAUAAUUUUGGCAUGAGCCACGACGCAGCCGGCUGCUGCACUGCCAGUCCGAACGAUGGAGGGUGCAUCAUGGCAGCGGCAACAGGGGACCCAUUUCCCAGGGUUUUCAACAAGUGCAAUCGGAAGGAGCUGGACCGCUACUUGCAAUCUGGUGGAGGGAUGUGCCUUUAUAAUAUGCCAGAUACCAAGACCUUAUAUGGAGGACAGAGAUGCGGAAAUGGUUAUCUCGAAGAAGGAGAAGAGUGUGACUGUGGGGAAGUAGAGGAAUGUAAUAAUCCCUGCUGCAAUGCUGCUAAUUGCUCUCUGAAGCCUGGCGCCGAAUGCGCUCAUGGGACGUGCUGCCACCGAUGCAAGCUGGUUUCACCAGGAACUCUUUGCCGGGAACAAGCUAGACCGUGUGACCUGCCAGAAUAUUGCACAGGCAAAUCACCGUUCUGCCCAGCAAACUUCUACCAACUGGAUGGCACUCCGUGUGAAGAUGGGAGAGCCUACUGUUACAGUGGAAUGUGCCUCACGUACGAACAGCAGUGCUUGCAGCUGUGGGGCCGUGGAGCAAGGCCAGCACCUGACCUCUGCUUUGAGAAGGUUAAUGCUGCUGGAGAUCCCUAUGGGAAUUGUGGGAAGGACAUCAAUGGCCAAUACAGGAAGUGCAACACCAGAGAUGCCAAGUGUGGCAAGAUCCAGUGCCAAAGCACUGCUUCCAAGCCUUUGGAGUCCAAUGCCGUGCCCAUUGACACAACGAUCACAAUAAGCGGAAGGCAGAUCCACUGUCGUGGCACUCACGUGUACCGGAACGAAGACGAGGGGGAUAUGCUAGACCCCGGCCUUGUGAUGGCAGGAACCAAGUGUGGCGAGAGUCAUGUUUGCUUUGAGGGGCACUGUCGGAACACCUCCUUUCUGAAUAAUGGAGACUGCGGAAAGAAGUGCCACAGCCAAGGCGUUUGCAACAACAACCAGAACUGCCACUGUUUCAGUGGAUGGGCACCUCCAUUUUGCAAUAAACCUGGCAAUGGAGGAAGCCUGGACAGUGGCCCCAUGCCUCCAGAAAGUUCUGUUCCAAUCAUAGUAGGAGUCUCGGUUUCCAUCCUGCUUUUGACUGCAGUUGCAACUGCUAUUUGCUGCUAUAAAUGGAGAUCUAGGCUUGUGCCCCUAAAGCAGAAGAUCAUUAUGCCAAAGAAGACCCAGAAGUUCAGCUCCCCUCCUCCCAUUCUGAAUCCUGCAACCGGCCACUCCAACCCAGCCUUCAAGCUGAAAACCCCCCAGGAGCAGAGAAAGGUUAUUGGUAUACCAAGUAUCCCUCCAAAGCCAGACGUGUUUUCCCACCAGCCAGCUCCUGAACUCAAAGUCCCUGUACAGCGUCCACCUCCGCUUCCACCUAACUGCACCAGGGUACCUCCUCUUCCAGGGCAUCAGAUGGAGGGAAGGAAUUUUCCAAGACGAACCCCACCAAACAGGCCAGCCCCUCCAGCUCCAAAAGUCCUUGUUCCACAGGAUUCUUUCAGGCCACAGCCACCUCAGAAAGCGCUUCCUGCCAAUCCUAUUCCUGCAAGCCACAGAGCAGGGGCGCCCAGGAUAAAUGCAGCAGCUGGAGCACCACCGCAUGGGCCUCCAAGGAAUAUAGGACCACACCAGCUUUUUACAGAGAAUUCGACCAUCAAGAAUGCUGGACCAGUGAAUACCCUGAAGUUUAGACGCUGAGGUUUGCCUUGCAGUCCCAAAAGCCACACCCCACUUCCAUCUGACCUGUCUGGGAUGUCCCAUGGGCGGCUUUGCUUCCAGGAGGAAGAUGUGCUGGUCAUGUCCAGCUCUCAAAUAGUGCGUCUUAAGGCUGAGGCCAGUUUGAGGGCUGGCUUCUGCAAAAGUCUCUUCCACCAACAGCACCGGGAGAUGCAACUCUCUUGGAAAUGAGCGGAUGCCUUUGGGCUUCCUCCUUUUCCAUGACCUUGAUCUUUUCUUUCUUGUUUAAAAUGGCACUCACGAAUUAUAGUGCAAUAUGCUGAAAUGGUGGGCGGGGGGCUUGAUUGCCUCCCAGUAAUUCAUUGUCUUGACAAAGGCAAAUCAAUGUUAAUUAACCUCUUCAUAAUUGAGCCAGUGAGUUCUUCUGAGUUUUCUCGGAACACCAAAAUACUUUGUUAGAACCAUAAGGAAUUUUGUGAAGAAGGGAGUCCAGUGAUGCCCUCUCUCAUGGCCGCAGGGAUCUCCUCCGAAUUACUUCAGGCUGUAUGGAAGAUUCUCUCCAUCUCACAGAAUGUUGCUGUUUGCCACUUUAGGAGGGGAGUUCCUACUUCCCUUCGCUAAGAAGCCUUGCAGGGUUCAGUACUUACACUGUGCAAAUUUUGCCUUCUUUCAAAGCCUUCUGUUCUCUCAAUGGCAGCUUCACAACACCUUUCUUGUUCUGAUAGUGGCUUUCAAGAUUUGAAAUUGGUGUCAGUGUAAGUGCCAAGAGUCCUCACUCUGCACUCUACUCCCAGAGUGUCUGAAGUCCACUCAAUCCUGUUUGCAUUUGACAUCUUAGCAACGGAUAGUACUGAAUAGUGGAGCAAUUUUGUUUGGGGGUGCAUCUUUCCAUAGGGCAGUCACUGUAGACAAGGCAUUCUGGGGCUCUAGCAUCAGCACCCUGUUAGCUCUUUCCUGGCCAGUUCAGUCACCACUGCGUUUGCUUCAGAUCGCACCUUGCAGGGGAUUGUUGAGGGCUCCACCGUGUCAGAAGUAUUAAGAUAAGGAGUACCACUCCAUGUGGACUUCUUAUAGGCCCUCUGAUUCUGCUCUGAGCCAAGAUCCAUGCUGGGAAAAGAUCAUAAACCAUUAAAUAUGGUGCAUGGCAGAAGAGAUUUUAAAUGUUGGAGUUCGUUACCAGGUCUAUGUGCUACACUAUUAUGCCACAUUACACAUACUGUCAUGCAUGCUUUUUUCCUACAUGGACUGAAUCCAGUCCUUGCAGAAAUCCCUGCCUCCACCCUUCCAUGGCAGUCCCUCCAGUCCACCUCCCUUAAACUGCCACACCAAAGGUUGGCUGAAUGUUUGCUUGAAGGGAAGCACCUUCUGUGAACACCUUUCUCUCCAUGAAAGGCAAAGCCUGGAGCCAACCCCUGAUCUCACUGUGGGGGAAGCAAUCAUAAAGCAGCCUCUGUUUUCACAAUCUAAGUUACUGAACUACAAGGGGGGAUUUGGACUCCAAUUAAUUUUAGUUUGGUUUGCUGUUGCUUAGAAAAUCUAAACGAAUCAUUCUGCCAAUCAACCAAAUAUUAGCAGGGCACUUUAAGCGUUUCCUAUAAUUCAUUGCUUUAAUUAUUACUUCUGUCAUGCACGGUCUUCUUUAUAUAAUCAGUACACACAGCGUAAGUUUUUGUGUAUUUUUCUUUGUUUUAGACUGGGCUUGUUCACUCAGAAAAUUUGCUCCAUUAAUUUAUUUCAGGGUAACUCUGUAACCAUAAUCUUGGUUGCCUAGCAAGGUUUGGUGCACCCUGAUUUUGAGUAAAGCCAAAUUAAUCUUGAGCAAUUUGGAAAUAACCUUUGAUUAAAUCUCAGUGCAAUUCAAAUGCCCUUUGCAUCUUUCUGAUUUGGGUAGGUUUCAAAAAGAUAAAGUAUGGCAAAUUUAUGAAUUGUGCAAGCCCUCAGAUAAGGUACUACAGGCAAACUCCAGCAUACUCAGUUCACCCAUAGGUGAUCAAUUACCCAAAUAAUGAGGUGUCCUAUGGCUCACUCAGCUCAAUAGAACAUUAUAAUUUAACUCAUGGUGCUUUUAGUAUCAGGCAGCUGAUUAAACAUCCAAUUUUUCUUUAACUGGGCACUGCAGUGCAAGCUGCCUAUGCACUUUAAACAACUGGGAGUUCCAGUGAUGCAGCUGUGGCAUUACUUCUGUUCUGAGGAUUUACAAAUAUUAUCUCAGAUUUUGCAGACUUCGUGGUGUUUCCUUUGCCUGGUGGGUUUUUUCCUGGUUUCUUUUGCUAAAGAUGAGGAGGAGCUGGUUUUUUCCCCUGAUCUUGAAACAAAACUACCACCAACACCCUUAGAAAGCCUGUCUAGGGUUGCAAAUGCUGAGAGAAAAAGCAACUUUUGUUGGCUGCAGUACAAAUUGGGUUUGAAUUUUUUAAAGACUCACCCAAGCUUUUAUUGUAGUCCUUUUUUAAGAGAUGGGCCAGAGUUAUUGUAUGACCAAGUUGCCCAAACUGCAACCUCAACAGCCCAAAGACCAACUGGGAACCCAAAACAUUGUUCCAAAGUUGUGCAUCAGCCAUUCCUGGUUAAAUAACUUUAUGAUUAUCGAGUGGUAUCUUGACUGUGUAUGUAACAUUGCUCUAGUGUUACAGAAUGAGAGGUUCAUCUUGGGCUUACUCAGGCUCUGUGUCUCAAUAAGAUCUACCAACAUGUGCAAGAGGGAGGGGAUCACGUACACCAGCCCUGCCUUCAACGUGGACAGUGUCACCACCGUGUUGAGCAAGGAGGUCUGCAAGGGGCCGCUUUUGGUGGUCACUUGAAUGCAACUAGAAGCCUCCACAUAACCAGGCCUACUUGUUCAAGGUUCCUGCCCUCGGUUGGACACAAUAGCAUAAACUGCAGGCUAGCCAUAAAUUAAAACCGCAGAUAAGCAAAAUAAACUGAAGGCACCUGUAGACCUCCCUACUCCACCUGUGAAGGGCAGGAAUCAACCUGAUUUACGUAUAACACGGAUAUCUACUGAACAUUUCCAGUGGUGAGGUGCUUGUAGCACUGCAGAUUCUUUCAGUGAUUCUCAGGUUGUGUGCCUUACUUCCUCGGCACUAGAGCUAGACAUGCAAUUAGAUUGUGGGUAGUACUGAAGCUUUUUUUUUAAGAGACCCCUUUAACUUGAAACACUGAGUGAGAUGUGUGCUUUUGUGUGUUUCAAAUCUCACCAGCAACCAUUUACUUCAAGAUCAAAAAUGUGACUUUCCAGAAACAGUAGCACCCAUGUAACUGAGCUCUGUCCUUGCAGGUUUAAGACAUCUCAGCCACUGUUGGCAUACUGUGAUCAGGAAUCCUCUGCUCCUGUCACUGGUGAAGAUAUAACAAAUUGUUAUUUGAUAUAACAAAUACUGAGUUUUGCCAUGUUUCAUUAAGCCUUGGUUUUGGGCCACCUCAGAAUACUUCACAGAACAACUGGCUGACAUUCUAAGGAAACUACUUAGAGCUGGACAGAUAACUUCUUAAUAGGGUUACCAACUCCCAGAAGAAGCUUCCUUAAAAGUUCUGCAAAGAAGGAAUGAGCAACCUGCUUCCUCCUCUUCAGUGCUGCAGAAAUUUGACUGUGCAUUCCCGAUCCCCACCUACUAUGGCCAGGAGCUACAUGAGAAAGGAGAAAAGAGGGAUGGAGGUCAUGUUGCUUCUGUGCUGUCAGGGAGACUCUGAUUUGCCAAAUUCCUUCUUCCUGUGGAGCUUCUAAGGGAGGACUUUUCAGGUUUGGGAAUUGGCAGCCCUACCUCAGGCCUUAACAAGGUUGCUAAGUGCUUCAUAAAUAGUUUUGUAGAUUUUGUGUAUGCUGAAAGGAUGGUUGGGAGAAAAACACUUGGUAUGGCUGCAAUCCUGUGCACACUUACUUGGGAGGGAGGCCCACUGAAUACAUUGGGACCUGCUACCAAGGAAACAUGGACAGCAUUGUGCCGGGCAAUUUUCACUGCUAUUAUUUUGGGAGAGCCUCUGCACUGUGUGUCACUGUUUUAUGUCUCACAGGUUUACAAUGUGAUCUCUGUAUACCUAUGCAAAUACUUGAAAAUGCAGUUUGUUGUGCCUUUUGCCUAGUUAUAUUUAAUAAAUCUUGUGAUUAUUAUUACA